AUGGCAGUAUCUGGGGGAGCGUCUGAAAACCUAGCUGACAUUCCAGCCCAUGUAUGGAGAGGGCUUCCAGAUGGCCUGAGAUUUGAACCAUCGGCUGUUAAUCCAAAUCGUAUCGGUGUCUGGGCAUCUACACUAAUUCCUAAAGGCAAAAAAUUCGGACCUUUUGUAGGAGAAAGAAAGAAGAGGUCUCAAGUAACCAGCAAUAUUUAUAUGUGGGAGGUCUAUUUUCCGACUAGGGGGUGGAUGUGUGUGGAUGCCACAGACCCAGUGAAAGGAAACUGGUUGCGAUAUGUGAACUGGGCCUGCUCAUCUGACAAGCAGAACCUGUUUCCUCUGGAAAUCAACAGAGCUAUUUAUUACAAAGUGCUCAGGCCAAUCGCGCAGGACGAAGAACUGCUUGUGUGGUACAAUGGAGAAGAUAACCCAGAGAUAGCAGCUGCAUUAGAGGAAGAAAGGAGCAGCAACUUUCACAAGCGAAAUUCACCAAGAGCAAAGAGAGCAAGGAAGAAGCUUGUGGAAACAGCCAGACGGGCUGGUUUGGGAAGAUUAUCUAGGCAGAAGCCAUUGAACACAACACCUAUUGUCACAGAGAUGCGCGAUUCAGAUAAAGGAAUAACUACAGAGCAAGAGAGACCCUCUGUGUCUUCAGAUCCAUCUCAUGAGACUGGAGCUUCACGUAUAUCCGCCACAGAGACCAGGGACGUUUCUCUGUCUUGUGUUUCUACAGCAGUGUUGGAGGUAAAGGAGAGCGAGAAGUCAGAUGAAGGAGAGCUGCAGCCAGAUGGAAGCCUUGAGCAUUCUGCAGCGUCACAGUCAGGAAACAGGAGUGAGCAGCCUGACCCAAAACCAAUUAUUGUCCACUCUGUCAAGGAGGGUUCUGAGAGUCCAUUGCAUGAAGUGGCAUCAGUGUGUUCUUUAGUUUCUCCAGAGCGGGAUGCAGAGGGGGACCCAGAAUUUGAGGAUGAUGCAAAAGAUGGCAACUACCAUUGUCAGUACUGUGAAUGUCAGUUUUCCACCAAACACAGCCUGGAGCAUCACAUUAGCACUCACAAUAUCAGAAACCACCAGACCCUCACCUUUAAAUGCAGAUACUGUGCCAAGCCAUUUGGUUCUCAGGUAGGCAAGCGCCGGCAUGAAAAACGACACGAAAAUGGGAGUAAAGGCCUGAAAAGGCCAGGGUCCCUUGCUGGGACAGCGUUUCUUCGUGAUUUGUCUGGGGGUACUGAAUCUCCCAUUUCUGGUGGUGUGACAUCUUCAAGUCCCACCAUUACAAGUUCUCAAAACAAUACGCCUCAUCUAAGCUCAGAAGCUUUGACUAAAGAUGCUGGAGUUGAGCCGGAUCCAUCUCAUGUUUUGGAAGAGAAUGGUGAAUCAAAAGAACUGCACCCUUGUAAAUAUUGCAACAAGGCUUUUGGCACUCACACCAACAUGCGCAGGCAUCAGCGCAGAAUUCAUGAACGUCAUCUCAUGCCAAAAGGAGUGCGGAGGAAAGGAAUACUCCUACAGGCUGUUACAUCCCAGCAGCUACAACAAGGUCAGAGCUCAGUGCUCCAGGAGCCAUCGCCACAUAAUAGCCCUCCACUUAUCUAUGUGCCUAGUGUAGAUACUGAUGAUGAGGUUGAGCGGGAGGACAGCAUGGUCGAUGUUUCCAAAAACAUCUCAGAGAAUCUCAGCCUUUACAUAGAUGGAAAGAUCCUAUCCACAAGCACAGUCAGCAGCUGCGAAGUCAUAGAAGUUGAUUCUAGUAGUCCGGCAUUGUUUGGUCUUGAUGCAGUUAUCUUGAGUACAACCCAAAUAAGUCAGGCUCUCCAACUUGAAACACAGCAAUGCCAUCCAAAAGGACCUUCAGUUAUUGAUCAGUCUGUUGCUAAGAGAAGAACGUCCACACCACCACUUCUUCCCACUGUGAAAACAGAACCUGAUAACAUGUCAUCUGCUGAAUCUUCAUCUUCAACUUCCUCACAAUCUUCUUCUAUGGGAGGUAACACCUUCCCACAGCAAACAGAGACAUUGGCCUUUCAAAAGGAGAAAACAGUUUAUCUUUCUCCCAAAUUAAAACAGCUUUUGCAGACCCAGGACAGUCAGAAACCAACCCUUGCUCUAAUUACAGACAGCUGUAAAUUGACUACUCCGCUUUCCGUAUCCUCUUUGCCUGCCGCUCAAGGAAGAUUUAAAAGAAGGACUGCUUCUCCUCCUACACAUGUACAAAGCAGCUCAUCCCCAAGCGUGGAGAGCCCAGUCAAUGAAACACAGGAUUCUUUUGCGGUGUCAAAGGUUGAAAGCGACUGCAUUACCUAUUCCUGGAAUGUAUCCAGCAAAGAGCAGAGGGACUGCAAGAGUCCUUCUGGAAAGGUCUGCCCAGUCUUGGUAAGCGGAGGCAGUUCUUGCAAUCAGCAGCCUCUUGACCUUUCUGGUGCUAUUGGUAAAAAUGGUGGCAGCAUAAGCAAAGGACCUAUUGAGUCUGUAUUGGAUUUAAGCACACACCAUAAGAGUGUGACUGACCACAAAACAAAAACAAACAUACUGUUACACUCACAUGUCAAGCGAAAGAAGCCAAAUACCAGCAUGUUGGAAAAAGUAUUAAUGAAUGAGUACUCCAGCUUGAGUUCAGCUGGAGGGGAGGGCUCUCCUCGUCUUGGUAGCCCAGACACUCAUUUGUCCUCAGGCAGCACCACAGGUGUUUCUCCAUCUAGUGUGUGUUCGAACUCGGAACACCCUCCGCGUGAAUCUGUCUCUCCACCUUCUCUGACUCCUGUGACUAUAAUUCCUUCUUCCCCAUCAUCCUCAAGCCAGGCAUCCUCUACACCCCCACCUCCUGUUCUGCCCACAGUUCCUUCACCGCCACCUCUUUCUCAGUUUUCAGAUACUGCUUUUCCUAAACUGUCUCCCAAACCUUUUUAUCCUACGGUAGAUGAAAUGUCAGAGUUUCCCAAUGUAAAAGAAGCAUGCCUUGAAUUGAAAAAUUCAGACGAUAAAGACAUCUACCAUACUGCUGAACAGUUAAUUACUACAACUGAUGCACUGUCUCAAAGUUCCGAGGACAGAAAAAAUAAUUGUAAUGUUGAAUCUUUUUCCAAAUCUGAAACACUACUUAAGUGCUCAACCUCAGAUCCUGAGUUACAUUUGCUAAAAAGUACAAAAGAUUAUAUUUCUUUGCAUGAAAGAAACACUGACUCUGAAGCCAUUCAAAAUAGUUCCUUUGAUAGAACGUCACCUCAAGGCCUCCAAUCCUCCCACUCUCCUGUGCACUUUGCACAAACUAUGGACUCACCUUCAUCCUAUCAAAACAUUUUCUCAACAGAUUCUAAUAUGCAGUCAUUAGUUGACGAUGGAUUAGUUAAGCAUUUAGUUGAAGAUGCAGAUGGAAGCACCAUCAAUGAUGAUGAUGAUGAUGAUGAUGAUGGUGAUGACUCCUCAUUUAGAGUGCCAGAAAAGACUUUGGAUGGUGGGGACGCCUUAGAAUUGGACAUGUUUACUAAAAGUUUUGUAUGCAAUGUCUGUGAGGAACCUUUUCACUCUAUUAAACAACUUAGCAACCAUAUCGUAAGCCAUGCUGUAGAAUGGCCUUUUAAGUGUGAGUUUUGCGUGCAGUUAUUUCAAAAUGCUGCAUCUCUUUUGGAACAUCGCUCUUCGCUCCAUGGAGUUGGGAGAAUUUACUGUUGCUCAAUCUGUGCCAAAGAGUUUGCUUUCCUCUGCAACCUCCAGCAACACCAGAGUGACCUGCAUCCUGGUCAGAGCCUUGCUCACACCAUGGUUGAAAAUGGCAAGCUCAGGCCUCAGAAUUACACUGAUCCUACUCAGGUGACUAUGGAGAGAAAUUCUUCAUCCUCAACCCCUGACACAAUUGUAGAUGUGUCCUCUCAGGACUCAUGUAAAUUGUUGAACUGUAGUAGUGAUAAUGAGGAGGCUGAUGGAGAAGAGCAAGAAGACCCCACAGAAGAGCUGUACACUACAAUAAAGAUUAUGGCCUCUGAAGCCGGAAAGCCCAAAUGCCCAGAUGUACGCCUAGGCAUCAAUCAACACUACCCCAGCUUUAAGCCUCCCCCGUUUCCUUACCACAACCGAGCAACUGCUGGCUCUGUAGCCUCUGCAACUAACUUCACUACCCACAACAUACCCCAGACAUUCAGCACAGCAAUCAGGUGUACAAAAUGUGGCAAUAGCUUCGACAACAUGCCUGAGCUCCACAAACACAUUCUAGCUUGUGCUAAUGCAAGCGAUAAGAGACGAUACACACCAAAAAAGAACCCUGUUCCCCUCAGGCAGACAGUGACUCAGCCUCAGAAUGGCAUUGUCUUACCCAUAACAGCUGCUGUUGGGGGACAGAAUGCCUUCCGUAGGAUGGGUCAGCCCAAAAGGCUCAAUUUCGUGCAGGAGGUACCUGCCAAGAUUAAGAUUUCUGCCUUAAAUAAGAAGAAAAAUCAGCUUGUCCAGAAGGCUAUAUCUCAGAAGAAAAAAGCUGCUAAUUCUGUAAAGAAAGCUUCCAUUCUGGGAGAAGAGCAAGAGAUACAAGCGUGCCCAUAUUGCAAUCGAGAAUUUACAUAUGCUGCCAGCCUUGCAAAGCACACUGCUUGGAGUUGUCCUCAGAAACCAGCUGCUAAAAAAAAGAAAGGUGCCCUAAUGUCUCAAGAUAAAAACAUGAAACUCCGAAGUCGAGUAGCAGACUCAGAAAUCAAACAAGAAGGCAACCCUGGCCUGGCUGUAAAGCCAUUGGGGAAAAUAAGGACCCGGAGUUCAGAACUGUCAGAAGUUGAUGUUCCAGUUAAAAAUGGUAAAUCAGGGAACCCUCAGAAAGCUGGUAAAAGACUAGCCUUAGAAAAGGACCACUCGGGCCCCAAAAGCAAGAAAGGCAGAAAGAGCAAGCUUCAAACUUCAGUCCUAUCUUCAUCACAGCCACCUGCAAAAAUGCAACACAGUUGGAAAGAUAUAGGUGUCAAAAAAGAGGGCGAGAGAAACCCACAACUGCAUCUUAAAAAAGAAAAGCAUUUCACAAAGAGAAGACGGGAAAGAGUUGGUGGCCCAGUGACCCGCAGUCUGCAGAUGUCAAAUACUUCACCACCUGGAGAAGUGAAGACUGAAGAUCCACCAACUAAUUAAUCUGUACAUGGAGAACAUAAGAAAUCCUAUUUAAGUUGGCAAAGUGGAUUUUGUAAAGACCCCUGAGGAAAGACUGCCUUUAAGAUGUGCUGGUGAACACAAUGUGAACAAGUUGGAGUGCUAGACUGAUCAGAUAUGAUAUUAGGAGCCUUACCCACCUUUGUAUGCUUCUGUUUUGCUGAUGGAAGCAUGCCGUUUAUGCACUUUGGUAAAUAAGCAUUUGUGGAUUUCACACAACCUAAUGACUCUAAAUUUUAUAUAUAUAUAUAUAU